AUGAGCAGUGAACUGUCAGAGAAGCAGACCUCAGCCUUGGAGGUUGAGGCGCAGGCCACCACGGGUGGACCUGUAUACGAUGUCGACGAGAAGGUCGACUACGAUAGACAGGGCGCCAUCGAUGCCGAGGUGCUGGAACACCAAAUGACUGUUAUCGAGGCUGUGAAGGCCUAUCCGGCUGCCAGUUGGUGGGCAUUCGUCAUGUCAUGCACUAUUAUUAUGGAGUCAUACUGUGUUUUCUUGAUGGGACAGUUCAUAGCGACGGCACAAUUCGCCAAAGACUUCGGCGUAAAGAGUGCACAUGCAGAUGAGUGGAUUAUCGAAGCGUCAUGGCAGUCGGCAUUCCAGUGCAGCGGGCCAAUCGGCGCCUUCAUCGGCGUGUUUAUCGCUGGUCCUAUCACCAGUUGGAUCGGAUACCGAUGGGCAACCAUUGGUGGUCUUAUGUUCCUGAACGGCUUUAUCUUCAUUUUCUACUUUGGCAACAGCCAGGGUAUGUUUUUCGCGUCACAAAUCCUGGAAGGCAUUCCAUGGGGCAUCUUUAUCGCCAAUGCACCCGCUUAUUGCGCCGAAAUUGUGCCAAUGAGAUUGAGAGCUCCAGCAACACAGAUGUUGCAGAUGUUCUGGGCGAUCGGGUCAAUCAUUGUCGGUGGUAUCACUUACCAUUAUCAGUCCAAGAGAGACUCGUCAGCGUACAGAGUUCCCAUUGCACUCCAGUGGAUCUUCCCCACUCCUCUCGCUAUCCUGCUUUUCAUCGCUCCUGAAUCGCCCUGGUGGCUCGUACGAAAGGGUCGUCUAGCUGAGGCAGAGAAAGCUGUCAAGCGCCUUGGACGCGCCAGUUCAAAUGAUAAUCCCGCUGCUGCAGUGGCAAUGAUGCGUCGCACCAUUGAUCUUGAGAAGACCGAGAAGAAGCCCAGUCUCAUUGAACUGUGGAAAGGCACUGAUCGCUACCGCACAUUGAUUGUGUGCGGUGUGUACGCAUCUCAGAAUCUGACGGGUAACCUGAUCGCUAACCAAGCUGUUUACUUUUUCAAACAGGCGGGUAUGGUGGAUGACACGGCAUUUGCACUUGGUCUCAUUACUUCGGCCCUACAGUGGCUCAUGGUCAUGCUCUCUUGGGUCCUCACCACAUACCUCGGCCGACGCACCAUCUAUGUGUACGGUCAAUUGAUCAACUGUGCAUUCUUAGUCGCCCUCGGUAUUGCGGCUUCAGUUGGUGACAGUGAUGCGGCUAGCAAUGCGCAAGCAUCACUUGGCUUGAUUGUCUCCGUCCUGUUUUGCCUUGGACCUGCCCCUGCCUCAUGGGUUAUCAUUGGUGAGACGUCUUCUGUGCGUCUCAGGCCACUUACAACUGGUAUCGGACGAGGUGCCUACUACUUGGUCAAUAUUCCUUGCAUCUUCCUUUCCAGCUACAUGCUCAACACUGAUAAGUGGGACUUGGGUGGUAAGAGCGGCUAUAUUUGGGCUGGUACCGCCUUUACCUGCACUGUCAUGUCUUGGAUCUGGAUUCCAGAGAUGAAGCACAGGUCUUUCCGUGAGAUUGACAUUCUGUUCAAGCGUCGCGUUCAGGCCCGGAAAUGGGAGAAAACUGUUGUCGAUAUCCGCGACGAUGAGUAG